UAUAUUAGUAUCACUAGUAGUACUAGUUACUAGUAGUAACAGUAACGAGGGCAAGCACAAAUAUAUAUGCGUACACAUACAAUUGACACAGCUGAGUAUUUGUACACCUUCUGCACAUAGUUUAAAUACCGCUUAGUGUCUUUUAUUUUGACAGGUAUUUUCCCGGAUGUAACAUGUAAAACUAAGCCAACGACAAGCGGCAGUCUUCCGACCAAUCAAAAAAAGGUUAUUCAUUACUUGCUUUUAUAACCCACAUUCAUUAAAUAAAUAAAUAAAUAAUACAAGCAUAAAAAUCACGAAAAAAUAAGUUGAUGCAUUCGUCUUUUAUUUAUUUAUUUAUUUAUUUAUUGUGAUUUCAACAUACAAAGGAAACAGUAACUUAACAGUAGUAACAAAGGUAACAGUAACAGUAACAAACAAAUCUUCCAAAACAUAAACAAGUCGCGUGCAUUCGAGUCAAACAUGGAGACUUUAAUUCUGAGGUUUUGUUCAAGUGUAGCUGCACUCAUCACAACGCAUUAUUGCCACCUCGUGGCCACAAAAAGUACAGCGUUGACUUCAUACUGGAGUAGAAUGGUGCAGUUCAGUAUGAAAUAUCGGAAAUUUUGUGAAUAGAUUAAACAUUAGACACAAUAGACACAAUUAUCAUGGAAAAAGAAGUUAUAAGAUGGUGGUGGUUUAUGAUUGGAAGACUGAGCAUUCAGAUCUCUGAACAAGCAAGCUGUCUCUCUUUGGCCUUUCAUGGUACUAUAUAGUACUACGGCUGAUUUUAUACUCAUACAAUAUUUUCACUGAGUCCUCAGUGUCCUUAAGCUCAGUGUCCUUUCAGGCUGGGAUAUGCAAAGACAACCAAUACACACACACACACACACACACACACACGCACGCACGCACACACACACAAGCAUAUACCGACCACAAAGACUGUCUUUCUUUCUAUACUGGGUAUAUUUGUCUAUGAGCUCGACUACACUGCUGGACUAUGCCAUAUUUGAUGAUAUAUAACUCUACAAAUGCAUUUAGAAAACAGUCUGGAAAGAAUAUGUAAGAGUGUGAUUAAUGUGUGUGCUUGAAAGUGCAUGUGAGAAACAAAGAGAGAGGAAAAUUCAGAGAGGACGAGGAAGCUAGCCAGUGACCUGAACUACUAUAUGUUUAAUAUUUUUCCUCUUUAUCUUCAGUGACUGCCUUAUCCUGGUCAGAGUCAUGGUAGAAAAUGUCAUAGCUCAUCAUUUCUCUACUAAGCAACAGUGGCACUGAUUUAUCAUGCCGUACCUUUGUUUAUAAUUUGACAAAAUGUCAUUUGUGGCAUGUAAAAGAAUGGCAUUUGACAGAAAACCUGUAUGGGUGGUUUCGAGUGAAAGGUGAAGUAAUAACAGUCAUGAAAUGGGAGGAGAUAAACCCAUAAAGUCUUGCAAGACAGUUCCUUAAGCAGUAAAGAAGAACACUGGAUACAGAAAAGGAGAUUUAGUAAUGUAGGACCCCACAGAACCAACAGAAACGAUGACUGAAGAAAGACAGGCAUCCAACAGCAUCUCAAUGCUUCACUCUAUGCUGAACCGACUGAAGUCUUCUGAGAGGCUCCAAGGUUCUUCUCAUGUCACAUCUCAACACUGUAGGCACUCAAAGGACACAAACCAGACGGACAGUGUAUUUAUCCCAGAGCCAGACAAACCGAAGUGGGAUUUUGCAGGGUCAAAUCCUUCAGAAUGCUCAGUCAAACCCGAGGAACAGAAAGAUGCUGAGAUAGAUUCAGAAUAUUUCACCCAGAGGACUAUCUUUCAAGAGACCUACAGUCCUACUUCAACCACGUUUCUCAAAAGCGAACCACCGUCUAAUUUGUUGCACAAUUUGACAAGAGACGCCAGGCAAGAUUUACAACCCAGUGAGAGUAAUCCCUCAUGGGAAGAAGUGGAAGAGGAGCAAACAUCACAAGCUGAGUCUUAUUUCAGCAUUCUGAAGAACAGUCCUCCGAAUGGAUCAUUUGCCCAUGACCCACCAGGAUCCUCCCUGUCAAACUCAGAACCCAGGUUUGGCAAAGGAACAACUAUGCUAAUGGAAUAUGAAAUAAUGAAGCAACCUUGCAGGAAUGAGAAUACAGUCACGUCUAUGGAAGAAACAGAGCCUCCACCCCUCCCUCCUAAACUGCGGAAUCUCGACAACGUGCAUGUCCAAUUACAAAGGAAUUUUACACUAAAAGAUUUCAGGCUCGACCUCGAGCCCAUCAACUUGCUGGAGGAGAUUUGUACAGGACAGGAAUGGGCAAAAUUCCUUCCUGUAAAAGAUUCCUCACCCCAAACAGAUGCCAAAGACUACUCACAGACAGAGGAUUCUAAUCAUUCGAACGAUGAUAUCGGAUCUCAGAAUGCAGUCAUGAAGCCGGACCUAUCAGCAGACAAAGAGCAGUCAGAGAUCGGUUCUAAUCCAGCCAGUAUUACUGACAGUCAGGUGGACAGUGUAGUCCAGGUCAGACGAGGAACAUCAGAUUCACCGUUUUCUGCUCUUCCCGAAACACCAAUAAGAAAUGUUACAGGAACACAAAGGACAUCUAAUGUGCCAGAAUCUGAGCAAUUUAAAGGCGGUAAAAAUGAUCUCAUGGUAAUAUACAUGUAUGAUGAAAAUGAUCUGACAAAUGUCAAGGACAUGCCACUUGAUUUGUCUGUUGUCAAGUCAUCUGGAUUACUAGACAAUUCUGCACUGAAGAGUCGAAUCCAACUGAGCAAAAAAAGAAAACAUCGACUACCACGAAAGAGUAAAAAAGGAAAUUUCAUUAAGGGCUUUUUUCACCAACGCAGUGCCUCGCCAUCAGAGUCCUCUGAUUCCCCUACUUCUUCAUAUGCUUCUGUUUUUGCCUCCUCCAAAUUUUAUGCUUUACCAUGUUCAGAAUCCAAUAACUCCCAGACACACGAAGAUUCCCAUACAGCUGUACUCGGUAAUGAGAAGGCACAAGUAGGAAAUGCUGCAGUACUUCAAAGGAUAUCAGAAAUGCCAGAAUCCUAUGGCAAUGAUUAUGACAAUGCAGAAGUGUUUGAUCAGCUAUCAAACAAGGCAGAGUUGAUGGAUUUGCCCCUUGAUUUCUCUGUUGUCAAGUCAUCAGGAGUGCUAGACAAUUCUGCUCUGAAGAAUCGCAUCCAGUUGAGCAAAAAAAGAAAACAUCGACCUCCAGGAAAAAGAAAAAGUAAAAAUGCCAAAAUGAAGUUCUCCACUAUAAACAUUAUUCGCCCACGCAGUGCCUCAAAGUCCGUUCAGUCUCGCCCUUCUUUACAUCCUUCUGUCUUUACCUCCUCUGAAUUUAAUCAUUUACCAAGGUCCAAUGAUGCCAAAGAUUCCCAAACACCUGUUCCUGGUAAUGAGAAGGUCAGUAUUUUAGAUCUUAUCAAUCUGGCAACCAGGAUAAGAAAAAACUAUUAGUUCCUAAAUAUAAAAAAAAACACACAAAAAAAAACCCCUGGGAAUUCCCAGAGACUAUUAAGUUUAAAACUUUCCGUCUCUUAACAAGCACACUCUUACAGGUAAAUUCCUCAUUAUCAAAUGAUCUGCAAUUUAGUAUGUUAUUGAUGUGGUUAUCAGAAAUUCUGAAUUAAUCCUGUGUUUCUUCUUGUACUGAUUCUGCAGAAAAAGGCAAAAUUCUUUAAACCAAAGUUAUGGAAGAUGAAGACCUAAUUCAUUUCUGGAGAAUGUAAAGGAACAAAGGUCAAGCAGGUCCCCAGUAUACAUGUGAUCUGAAAAGGAACUGAAACCUACAGCCAUAUCAUAUAUAAGUACUGUAUAUAUGUUUUUGUUUUGUUUUUUGUUUUCUGUUUUUAAUUAUAAAUAAGUUGCUUAUUUAUAAGCAGAAUUACUUGUGAAAUUAAAAAAAGUGAAAUACUUUGGCUAAAAUGAAAUGUAGACUUGUUCAGCUAAGACAUGUCUGGCGUAUGAAGUUUUUUUCUUUAAUUUUGUGCAAGAGAAAUUAGGCUAAUUAGGCUUGUUAGCUAACAAGUAAGUUAAGCUUACAGUAUAGCUGCUUGUAUAAAUCAUCACACACAUGCCUUAAAAGACAUUAUUUGCAUCAGUCAAAAAGUCAUUUGAACAUAAACAAUUUUCAAAAAUCACAGAAUAAGUCAACCAAAUCUAUACAUAAAUCAAAUUGGAGGCAUUUUCUUUAUCAGAAUCACUACUAAUAUUUAAUUCUCCCUUCAAACUCCUACAGUACAUGACACUGAUGUUUGUUCAAAGUGACACCAGCUCCAAGAGACAUUUUUUUUUGCCUUAAGUUAAUUUUAAUUUUAUUUGUAUAGCACUUUUAAUGAGAGACACUGUCAAAAAGCAGCUUUACAAAAAUCCAGAUGUACAUAUUUACAUCCCCAAUGAUCAAAACAGAGGCUACAGCGACAAGGUAAAAUUCCUGUGACUUCAUGAGGAAAUAACCUAAAAAGGACCAGUCUGAAAAAAAAAAAUCUCUUUUGGGUGACAUUGGAUAGUGAGAUUUGUAAUGAAAAAAUGUUAUGUACACUUCCCCAUUUUUAUAAAUAACAGUGUUUCAAACGGGGUCAGAAACCAUACAGAGAUACGGAACCGGAGCUGGUUUGAAGAAAGUGUGUAAUUAUGUGCGAUAUGACUUGGAGAUCCACUACGUUUGAGGUAAAGAGGAGAUAGUGUAAACGUUUUUUUUUUGUUUGUUUAAAUGCAAUAAAUGAUCAAGAUAUGCUUCAUAGUAUCAAAUUACUGUAAUAGUAUGUACAGUAAACAUGUACAGUAUAUAAUAUAUUACCCAACAAACAAAGGGAAUUCAUUAUAUAAAGACAAUCAGCACUAUAUUGUUGUAUACCUGAGCAUUCUUGAUCUUAUUUCAUAUAAUUUCAAUGCAUGACUGGAAAAGGACACCUUUUUGCUAACACUCUUCAUUGGAUUUGUUCAAAAGAUUGAAAACAACAACAACAACAGCAACAACAACAAUAAAAAAUUUACUGAACAUGUACCCAGAGUUUCCUGGUGGUCUAGUGGCUAAGGAUCCUGGGCUCUCAGUGUCAUGGCUUGGGUUUGAUUCCCAGGCCGGAAACCCCAGCUGCACUCAUGAUUUGUUCAAGUCAUGCCAGACAGAUCAUAUUAAUGAGAGGAAUGCCACCACAAAGUCAUAAUUACAAGUGGGAAACUUGAGGAUUUUCUUUGAGCUCAGAGUUGGGGGCGUGUCAGUAAGAAAACAUGGUCGAAUCAGUGGAUGCAACGUCUGUUGUUGACAGUAAAUUUGUUGAAAUUGAAUGUUUAGUCAUCCCAGAAGCUGAUUUCAGUUAUUAUGUAUUUGGUAUAUGCAGCAAGUUAUUUUCAGGCUUUUUUAUUUAGAAUAAAACAAGCUAAUUGCCUGCACAAAAUACGAUAGCAU